AGUUGAGCUACAGAUUUCGUAGGGUAAACAUCGUGCUAAAUCAAAUCAAAUUCAACCAAAAAAAAACAAAUUUAAAAAAAAAUUUUGUCGCAAAAAAAAAAAAAUUGUGAAGAAACAAAUGGAUUUGCCAUCAAUGGUAGAAAGCACUGGCGGCCGUCUGGUUGUGCGCAAUCUAUUCAAUAAUACGUCCAUUUAUCACGUACCUGUGGCAAAUGCUGACGAGGCCGCGGAUCCGGCUAACAUGUCAUUACUCGCACAGGAAGUCGCAUGGUUCCAGGAACAGCCGCCUAAUGAUGGCGGCCAGUUGCCGCAACUGCCGCAGUGCAAGAUACGCAGGAACUAUAGCUGCAAUCAGUGCACAUUCUUCACCCAGAAUCCGCGCAAUCAUCUGUCGCACCUGCGCGACGUCCACGGCGAAAAGAUCACCAUAAACGAGUGCAAGCUGUGCCUCUAUGCCUCGCGUCAUUUCCAGAAACUGGUGCGUCACAUGAAAAUGGUGCAUGGCUGCACCGAUACGGGUAAGGGCCUGCCCGGCGAAGAGCGCCAGCCGGGUCGUGGCAAGCGCAAUCUGAGUCGCGAAGCGCGCAAGCGUCGCCUCGAGGAGAGCAUCGAAAUGCCACGACCUUCUGGCGCUGGGCAAUGGGACGGCAACGUCAUCACUCCCGGACUGGUGCACAUCAUGCAGAACGGUCCCUCGCUGGAGCAGCUAAAGAGUGAGCUGAAGCAGCAGGAGCAGGAGCUGCUGGUCAAGUUACAGGCCUACAAUCGCCAGCAGGAGAUGCAGGAGCUGCAGAGGAUCGUGGCCAAUGGUGAUAAUAUUUUCUCGAUGGCCUUUGAGUAUCAGCGCAAGUUGAUGCCACCCAUGCUGGACAGCAAUGGAUCCGUCCAAACGGAGCUGAACAACAACAGCAGCUCCGACUCCGAGGGCAGCAGUCCAGUCAACGAGGAGACUUUGGCCUUGGCCAUGGCCGACGAUUCGAAGAAGUACCAGUGCCAGAAGUGCUCCUAUAGUACUCCGCUUCGUGCCAGAUUUAAGAAGCAUGUCAAAUACCAUUCGAUGCCAUUGAUCAAAUGCGACUUAUGCGACUUCCACUCCCCUUACAAGUGGAAUCUGGACAGACACACCAAGAACCAUGGCGCCGAUGGACACUUUAAGUGCAGCCUCUGCGACUUUAGCACGGACAUCAAGCAGUCCCUGACCAUACACGAGCUGAACCAUCAUGCGCCCGCCGUGGGGCAUCCCAUUCGUCGUCGCCACCUCAAAGAGCGGGAGGAGAAGCUGGACCUGGGAGCGAGCAGCUCCAAAAAGGUCUUGCCAACUCCGCGACCAGUCAUACCUCUCAUCGACGUGUCGAUGGAGUUGCCGGGGAUCAGCUGCUCCCACUGCCAUCAGCUCGUGCCCAAUGCCAUGGAGCUUGUCAAGCAUCUGCAGUUGUGCCCGCCAGCUUUGGCCAACACUAAGCACCUGAGGGCUUCUUGCCUGGCCAGCCAAGAGCUGCCGGCCUCACCGGAAGAGGAUUACCCAGCUGCAGGCAGUGAUCUCAGCUACUGCGGCGUGGAAACGGCCCCUGGCUAUGGAGAGGUCACGGAACCGUACGUAGUCGAUGAUGCCAAUGAUUCAACUCGUAUGAAAAAGGUCUUCAAGUGUCCACAUUGCACUUUUUGGGCAGCCACCGCCUCGCGUUUCCAUGUCCACAUUGUGGGCCAUCUGAAUCGGAAGCCCUUCGAGUGCUCGCUGUGCGCCUAUCGCUCCAACUGGCGCUGGGACAUCACCAAGCACAUACGCUUGAAGGCGAAUCGUGACAAGUCCCACAACCAGGCACGGGUGCUGAUGAACGAUGAGACCGGACGACGCAACUACACAAAGUACAAUCAGUAUUUGACUCUAAUGAAAGUCAAUCCAAGCACAGAAGAGCCAAAAGCCACACGCACGGGUGAACAAUACGAUCCAAUGACGGAGAUGAUGACUGAGGAAGGACAGCUCCCCAAGAAGAAGUCAGCAAUGAAGCACAUUAUCGAAAUGGAAGCUGCAGAUUCUCUUACUGGUGCGGGGCAGUCAUUCUAUCGCAAUAUCUGGGACACAGAUCUGCAGCAACCACAAACAUCCACAGACGCGAUUGUGUCGCCCGCCGGUGAUGAACAAAAUUAGAAAAGGGGGAUCCAAGCCAUCCACAAACAAAUUAACACUGAAAUGAACAAAGAAAUACUAGUCCUAUAAUUAUUUAUAUUAGUAUACUUGUAUAUAAUACAAUAA